AUGCGUGCCUUCACCACCCUUGCUACUGUCCUCUUCGCUGCCAUCGCGUAUGCCGACAACAAGGCCAAUGCCUUCAAGAACCCAACUGGCGGUUAUCAGUUCACCGCGGGUCAGCCGACCACUCUGAACUGGAAGGCCGACGCCGGCACCACCGUCACUUUGCGCCUGCAGUAUGGCGCUGUGACCACUGCCGACUCGGGCAAGGUCAUCGCUGCCAACAUCCCCAACUCCGGCAGCUACACCUGGUCGGUCCCCGCCGAUAUUGUCGCCCAGCCCGACUACACCAUCGAGAUUAUCGAUGACCAGGACCCGUCCAAGUACAACUUCCUGCCUCGCUUCGUUGUGUCCGGCGCCAGCACCACCCCCAGCUCCUCGUCUUCAGCAUCCACCAUGACCAGCACCACCACCGUGUCCACCACCUCUACUGCCACCAAUACCAGCACCAUGACCUCCGGCUCGGCCUCGGCCACCCCCAGCACCAUGACCACUGCCUCCUCGUCCGCUAUGAGCUCCAGCUCAGCUUCUUCCUCCGCCACCGGUACCUCCAGUUCCUUGACCGGCUCCACUAGCGCCAGCACCUCCGUGCCUACCAGCAACGCCGGUGUGGUCAACCGUGUCUCUGGCGGUCUUUUGGCCGUUGUCGCCGGUGCUGCCAUGGUGCUUUAA